AUUCCGACGCAAAAGUGCAAAAAGCGAUAGACAGUGUCAAGGGAAACGUGCAAGCGCGUACCUGCAUAGUGAAACGAAGAAAACCUCCCUCCACCCCUUCGAUUAAAAAGUCACCGAAACUGGUGACUCCGCGGUGCAGUGCAAGUGGGAUGCAUCUCCCGGUGGGGUCCGUAAGCUGCGGGGAGAAUUUCACUGGGACACGAGAGGGUGGCGGUGGUGCUGGGAGUGUCGGGUCAGGAGGAGACGGUGAAUUAACGGGAUCUUCGCUGUCGCCCCUCCAAGGGGGCGGCUUAGGGUACCAAGGAGGCGGCGGCGGCGGCGAGAUGAGCGAAACUGCAGCCGUUGGUGAACUCUGGUGGACGGAGAGGCUCGUCGGCGAGGCGCAGGCCGAACACCCUGGGGAACUCGUCAGGACGGGGUCACCUUACUUCCUCUGCAGCAAGCUACCGACGCAUUGGAGAUCGAACAAGGCGCUACCGGGCGGAUUCAAGGUGGUAGCACUCGGCGAGGUUACCGACGGCACCACCGUCACAGUUCGCGCUGGAAACGAAGACAAUUCCUGCGCCGAGAUCAGGAAUUCGAUGGCCCAAAUGAAGAACCAGAUCGCCAAAUUCAACGACCUGAGAUUCGUCGGCAGAAGUGGCAGAGGAAAAAGUUUCAGCAUAACGAUAACGAUAUCAACGAGUCCGCCCCAAGUUGCGACCUACAGCAGGGCGAUUAAGGUGACGGUUGAUGGCCCAAGGGAACCCAGAUCCAAGACCAACUUAGGGCAGCAGCAGCAGUUCCGGGCAAUCGGACUGGGCCAGAGGCCUUACAUAGAUUCGGGCCCACCCUUCGGCAGUCACUUGAGAGACUCGCUCGACCAUCAGUACCGUAAGAGCAAGUACCAUCACCACCAUCACCACCACCAUCACCAGGGUGUAAGCGCGACCUCCCCGACGUCCGUCGUUCCCGGGCAGCUGACGGGAUCCGCGGGUUCGUCGGGCGGACAGGCGACGACGGCUCAGCAGGAGUGUUACAAGCAGAGCCCGCCCCACGGUGAUACCAGCACCGGGACCACGGACUGGUAUCCUCCAUCAAAUUCGUCUUACACCGGGGCUGGCAGUGGGCCCUAUUCUCCACUACCAGCGGCGUUCUCCUACCCUGGAGAAUCGCUAUCGCAUCACCCCACGACGGAACCAGUGUCUUUACCAUCCGUUCUGAGCGAUACUCCGCAAGACACGUACACGCCUAAUUGCGUGUCGAUGCAGUAUCCUCACGGGCCGACGGCGACGCUGCCAUUGGUACCAGCGAAAUCGUCCGAGCUGGAGAUUUUGGGAAAUAACGGAAGUGGCGAAGGUAGCGGAAGUCCAGGUUAUCACUACGGCUCGUGGGCGUCGAGCCCAGCGGCCCCGGUUCUGUCCCACAACUACAACCCCAAUCAUCAGGGGUACUACAAUCCACCGCAAAAUUAUAUCAAUCCUCCACCGAUGGUUUUGUACCCUCAACUCUACAGCACUGUCAACCAAAAUCAAAUACACGUUCAUUUACACGGUGAUUUAAGCGAGGAACAAGUCACAAUAGCUAGCGGGUUGAGCAUUAGUAGUAACAGACUGGAAAUUGGUGUUUUAGGAGAGGAAAGCGAACAGAGAAAUGAUGUCUGGAGACCUUAUUAAAAUUGUUUGAAGCACCAUCACACCCUCCGUCUUCCCCCUCCUCGAACAAACACUGACAGGCUCGUCAAUACAGGCACUCGAGUUUAAUUCGUACGGAGAACUUGCUGAUCGAUUUGGAUACGCUUCGUGUCGAUGGGACUUUGGAAGAUUAUAGAACGUAAGGAAAUUAUUUUUUAGGAAAAUUUAAUUGAGAGAUCGCCCGAAAUGAAUCGGAGAAACAAGGAACCUUUCGCAAAGAGCCCCUAACAAUUCGAACGGACACUUCCUUAGCGUAUUCCAAUCACUAAUUCACUAUAAUUGAUUAAGUAUCGACUGGAAGAUUUUCCUCUUCGGACGUGUUAGAAAUACGGGUUUUCUCGUAAAGAAUGAAAAUUUAAUACAUACUACCCUUUUUAUUUGCUCAAAAAUUUCUUCUCGGGAUUCCUUUAAUAAUUUACGUUAACUUAAACGCUUUAUAAAUCUAAAUUUUUGUUCAAUUUUGAUUAAUUUCUAAUUCCAGCGAAUUUUUCGUCUCGAUUUCAUCACCUGGCCGCGCGGUAUUCCACAUGACUUGACGUAGCUUCGAUAAGACUCGUGUUAUCAGCUUCUCUCACGUAGCUACUAUAAAUUUCAUAAACUCCUGCCGAUCGCGAGUAUCAUACAUAGUUGUACAUAUUUUUGUAAAAUCAUGUUUGACUUUACAAGGGUCCAGGGUAACCUGUUGUACCUGCCCGAAAAUACGGUCACGGACUGCAUAAGAUCUCAUUAUACCUACUUACUAUUUACAAUUAUAUGCAAAAGACAAAUCAUAGAAUCGGUACGUAAUACUAGUAAAUAUUAUCGUAUUUUCAGCAGUAUAAGAAAAAUAAUAAUAAAAGUUAAUGAAAAUGUUGGAUGUUACAUUUUAAAGAAACAUCAUUGGUUGUACAACAGAGUUGUGAACUCAUGUAAUAGUGAUUUAAUUAAACUUCUUUAUUUAUAGGCGAAUGUAAUGUAUAACUGUAAAUCUUAUACAUAAAUAGUGAAUACCAAUUGUACGAUGCUAGACACAUCAGUACAUGAUUAAUUUUAGUAUUAUAUAAAUACAUAGUUUAUCGAUACUAAUAAAACUAAUAGUAAGAUUAACUUUUUAUGUAAAUAUACAAUAAUGCAAUAUUUUCCAUGAAUAAAAUCUUG